AUGGCAUUAAUUAGUGGCUUGACUUCAUCAGCAAUUGGGAGACUUCUUUAUCUUCUUCAUUCCAUGGCAUUCAUUAGUGGCUUGACUUCAUCGGCAAUUGAGAGACUUCUUCAUCUUGUUCUUUCCAUGGCAUUAAUUAGUGGCUUGACUUCAUCGGCAAUUGAGAGACUCAUUCCAAAACAUUUUUGGCUGGACUUCAUUUGUAGAUGGGGGACUUCUUCAUCAUGGACGCGUCCUCCACUGUGCCAUGGUGAUGAGAGGUCUUCCUUGUUGCAAUUCAAGAAGAGCUUAUUCAUUAUUGACGAGGAGGCUUGUGUUCUUCAUGAUCCUUUCGCUUAUCCAAAGGUUGAAUCAUGGAACGUUCGAGUUGAACAAACUAUUACAGAUUGCUGUUUAUGGGAUGGUGUUGAGUGUGAUGUCAUCACUGGUCACGUGAUUGGCAUUGACCUCAGUAGUAGUUGCCUCUUUGGGUCCAUUAACUCCAGUAGUAGCCUCUUCCAUCUUGUUCAGCUAAGUAAGCUUAACCUUGCCUCGAAUCACUUUAAUUACUCUCAUAUCCCUUCUAGCUUUGGCUAUCUUUCCAAGCUGACUUCCCUUAAUCUUUCCAACUCUUUCUUUUCUGGUCAAAUCCCAUCCAACAUUUCAGACUUAUCAGUGUUAUCUUCUCUUGAUUUGUCUAUGAAUUAUCAGUUAAUGCUCAAGAAUCCAUAUUUCAGAAGCCUGGUUCAAAACUUAACUAGCAUAGAAGUUCUCAAUCUCAAUUUGGUGGAUAUAUCAUCCACAGUCCCUGAUAUCUUGGCAAAUUCUUCUUCUUUGGCAUUACUUCGUUUGAGAGAUUGUGGUUUAUACGGCAAAUUCCCUACUAGGAUUCUCCAGCUACCUAAACUAGAAAAUCUUAGCUUGAGCAAUAACCCAAAUCUCGAAGGUCAUCUGCCUGAAUUUCACUUCAACAGUCCACUUAGAAUAUUGUCGAUUUACAACACCAGUUUCUCAGGUGAAUUACCUGCAUCAAUUGGAAAUCUAAAUUCCUUGAUUUACUUGUAUCUUAGUGAUUGCAAAUUUACUGGAAGGUUUCCGUCUUCUCUUGGAAACCUUACAAAACUUGAAGCUCUUAACCUUCAUAGAAAUGAAUUCAAUGGCAUCGUAGAGUUAGAUAUGUUUCUCAACUUAAGGAAACUGCAAGUUCUUCAACUAUCUUAUAACAAUAUAUCCUUGCUUGUUAAUUCUAGUUCAAAUGCCACUUUUCAAAAGUUUUCUGUAAUAGGAUUGGGUUUAUGCAACUUAAUGGAGUUUCCAUAUUUUCUACGCCACCAAGACAAGUUGGAGUUUCUGGACUUAUCCAAUAAUAAUAUCGGUGGCCAAAUACCCAAAUGGUUCUUCAACAUCAGUACAGAUACUUUGAUGCUUUUAUACCUUCAUAAUAACUUUUUAACAAGUUUUGAAGGAAACCAAGUUGUUUUCUUGUGGGAUAAACUACGGGAGAUUUAUCUGGACAAUAACAUGCUGCAAGCAUCACUUCCACUUCCACCACCAUCUAUUGAAGGCUAUACUAUUGGCCGUAACAACUUCACUGGAGAAAUAUCACCAUCCUUUUGCAAUCUAACCUCACUACAUGUCUUUGAUGUGGGUGUCAAUAACUUGAGUGGCAAGCUUCCUUCCUGUUUGAGCAACUCCAGUAGUUACAUGGAAAUGAUGGACCUCCAAAGAAACAACUUUUUCGGCACAAUUCCUCAAACAUUCACAAGAGCAUGCAACUUGAAGAUGAUGGCGUUAAAUCAUAACCAAUUACAAGGGAGUGUACCAAGAUCAUUGGUCAAUUGCACAACUCUAGAGUUCAUAAACCUCGGAGCCAAUCAGAUCAAUGAUGUUUUUCCCUUUUGGUUAGGAGCACUUCCAAUUUUGAAGGUUCUCAUCCUUAGAGCCAACCAGUUCCAUGGUUUACUACCGGAUCACAAAACAAAGUUUGAAUUCCAGAAGUUGCACGUCUUAGAUCUCUCUCGAAAUAAUUUUUCCGGAAAAUUGCCAACAAACUACCUCCUCGAUUGGAUAGCGAUGAUGGAGAUGGUGGACGUAAAUCAGUCAUCAUAUAUGGACGCAACCGGUAAAAAAUUUUGGGGAAUCGGCUACAUUGUUGAUAUCACCUAUAACUACUCAAUGUCAAUAACAAACAAAGGCAAUGAACUCCAGUAUAAGCGAAUCCUGGAAUUAUUCAUGGCCUUGGAUCUUUCAUGCAACAGAUUUGAAGGAGAGAUUCCACAAGCCAUUGGAAACUUGAAGAUGCUUCAUAUGCUCAACCUGUCCAACAAUAUUCUCAGCGGUCACAUACCAUCAUCCUUGGGAAAUCUUACACAGCUUGAAUCAUUAGAUCUUUCUCAAAAUAAUCUCUCAGGAGAGAUUCCCCAGCAGCUGGUGCAACUUGAUUUCCUUGCUAUCUUCAACGUGUCUAAUAACCGUCUUUCAGGACCUGUACCACAAGGAAAGCAAUUUGACACAUUCCAGAAGGAAGCAUAUGAAGGAAACCUUGGUUUGUGUGGGAAGCUUUUGCCAAAGAAAUGCGAAAAUUCCGAGGCUUUGCAACCAGCACCUUCAAGCUCCGAAGAUGAUCAAGACUCGGAUUCUCCUUUUAAAUUUGGCUGGAAACCAGUGGCAAUAGGGUAUGGCUGUGGGGUAAUAUUUGGGCUUGUGAUCGGCCAUAUUGUGACUGAAUGGAAAUAUGAUUGGUUUAUGAAGACUUUCAGGAUCAGACCAGGGAGAAUGAAGGGAGGAAGAGGCGGCAGACGCAGAAACUGA